UUGGCACUCUUGGCAGUCCGCCGUCGACCAUUGGUGUCAGCUGGCAGGUCGCCUCAGAUGGUGUCGUGAAUCCAGUAAUAUCACAUCGAUCAGCACGCGGCGGAGAAAGAGUCAAGAUGAGCGGUGGAAUGCCGGAGCUCGGCUCGAAGAUCAGCUUGAUAUCGAAGGCGGAUAUUCGCUAUGAGGGUCGCUUGUUUACCGUCGACCCACAGGAAUGCACGAUCGCUCUGGCUAACGUGCGUUCUUUUGGUACUGAGGAUCGAGAAACUCAACUUCCUGUGGCACCUCAAAAUCAGGUGUAUGAAUACAUUCUGUUUCGUGGAUCUGAUAUCAAGGACAUCAGAGUUGUCAACAAUGUCAGUUCUAUACCCAAUGAUCCAGCUAUCGUGCAGAUGACAGUCCAACCAACUAUGGGUCAACAAUCUUAUCAACCACAGCCCAGUUAUGCUCAUCCAAUGAUGGGCCAAAUGGGUCCGAUGGGUGGCCAAUAUGGGGCUCCUUAUGGUAUGGGUAUGGGAGCGAUGGGUCCGGUAAUGGGAAUGCCUACUGCAGCUAGAGAUCCCCGCGGAGCAAUGAAUAAACAGCCAAGUGAGUUGAGCUUGGGCUCUGCCGAACCCAAUGCCAUCUCUAUCCCAAACUCACUGUCAACGGCCAAUAUCGACCCAAUACAAAAAGAUCAAUCUCUGGAAGAUGGUGUGUUAGAUCUUAUUAGUGGUGGUUCCCGUUCUACCACUCCUACGUCGUCCUUACUCACGAGAAAAAGUCCUACUAUGGAUCAAGGGAUUCAGGUAGGACACGAGCAACAAUCGCAACAGCAGAAUAAUAUCGGGAAAUUGAACGAUAAAUCGAACAUGAGGACCGUCCAACCACCUCGGCGCGACCACGACAGUCACGGUGCUAAGAACAACACAGGCGUAUCGCAGUACAAUGACGGGAAGAGAGACAUAAAGCAGGAUGGCCAGAUGCAGGGACAAAGUGGUCAUGCUCAGGGUGGCCGAGGUAAUCGCGGUGGUUGGGUGAAUCGCGGAAACAUGAGAGGUAGAGGAGGCAGAGGACGCGGUGGAUUCCGUGCGAAUCAAGCAGGCAAUACCGCCAAGCCUAAGAAUACGCUGAAAUUCGAUAAUGACUAUGAUUUCGAGCAAGCCAACACACAGUUCGAGGAGUUGAGGUCACAAUUUGCAAAGACGAAGAUCGAUGCCGGUACUGACAAUGAGAAGAAAGACGACAGUGGGAACGAAACAGGUGCGGGUGAAGGCGAACCUGAGGAAGAACCGGAGGUUGUUCAUUAUGAUAAGUCGAAAUCAUUCUUCGAUAAUAUUAGCUGUGAAGCAGUUGAAAGGAGUAAAGGGCGAUUCCAGCGCACGGAUUGGAGAACAGAACGAAAGCUGAAUUCGGAAACAUUUGGUGUGGCUUCCACAAGACGUGGCGGGUUCCGCGGACGCGGUUAUUACAAUCGCGGGAUGGGAGGCAUGUAUAGAGGCGGCGGCGGCGGCGGUGGUGGUGGCGGUAAUACCGGUUUCCGCGGUGGCUAUCGAGGUACUAGGGGCGGUAAUCGCAAAUCUGGUAACCAAUUACAAAAUAACACGGAGAGUCAAAAUCGUGUGACCAACGAACAGUCUGCCUCUCAAUCGCAGCCCAAUGUAAUCUAAAAAAAGGAAAAAAGAAAAAGAAAAGAAAAAAGUUAAUUUGUCACUGGUACAGCGUAGGUAUAAUAAGGCAUGCAGGAAAAAUAUGCGAUGUGCUGCUAUGUAUAAGUAUUCUAUAUAUUAAGAUUUUUACUGAUAUGUGCUCCACCGUUAUGGACUGAUUUGGGUUCGAAUUUGGCAACCGCAUAACGGAGGUAUACAGAAAUUGGAUUUAAUGUAGAUUAUUUUAGAACGGAGCGCGUUUGCAAUUGUCGAACCGGUGAUUUGUGUGGCGUUUAAGUGACGAAAAAAUCGCACAUGUAGACGCUAUGUUGGCGCAUAUGACUCUUUGCAUCGAUAUUUUGCGGCUGAAUGAUCGAAGAAGGUACUUUUAAAGACAAAUCUUUUCUUACCGCUUAGUCGACAAUGAUCAUGGUGAAUUUACGUUACAAAUAGAUUUUCGUCUGGGAAGCGGGGUUAAUUACAGACAGAUAUAGAUUUCUCCUCUCUUUUUUACACUAAUACUUAUUUAUCGGUUAGUAACAGAUUCCAAGAUGCCACGUUGAGCCUGUCAAUGAUACUGACAGUGGUUGAUAUCUGUUUGUAGUUAAGUUGAUAAACGCUAAAUUCGAUCGUGAUCAUUUUUCUCAGUACGGUUUUCUCAAAAAAAGAAAAAAAAGAAAAAAAAUGACUAUGAGCAAUUAUGGAGUGGCUUCACAAUGAUGGUGACUUGAUUAUACUGGUCGUUAUGGAAUAGCUGGUUUGUAUCCGUAUAUCGGAAGUGGAUGGCAUAGACGUGCAUAAAAGUACUUUCUCGUCAAAGUAUGAAGUGAGAAAUCGAUUGUAUCUAUUUGCAUUUGUCGAGAAUAUAGGAUAUUGUGAGAUAUGUUACAAGAAAAUUCUGGCGAAAUGCCGUAUUUCUUUUUCUUUUGGGUUUCUUUUUCUAUUUUUUUUUUUUUUUUUUUUUUUCAUUUUGAGUACACGCAGAUAAAGUUUCCAAGUCCUUGGCGUAAAGUUAAUGUAAUACACUUCAUUUUAUUAGGGUGAAUAAAUAAAAUCGGGGGGGAAUAAUUGAGAGAACAUACUAAAAAAGAAUCUUGUAUCAUUAAAUUUGAUUGAAUUGAAAUUUUGCGGUCUGCUUACUCUUUCUUUGCAAGAUCUGCAUUCUAGAAUUAAAAAAGAUGUGAGCAUCAGUCUUAUUGUUGUAAGUAGCUAAGUUCUAAAUCAUGUUAUAUAAUUGUCAUCGUGUUCCACAACUAAGGAUUCCUCGACUGCCUUUGAAUGUAUCAAAUGUGCUGCGUCUCGGCUAAUGGGAAUAGGAUGAAACAAUAGCAUAUUAUAUUUACUAUUUAAUUAAUACCUAUUAAAAUUAUAUUAUUCGAAAGACAUAAUGAUGAUCCUGUAUAACUGGUACAAUUUAGACGAUUAUUUUGUCGUUUUACUUUUUUCUUUUCUACUAAUUCUAAUAACUCUACUAUAACAUGCAUUGUUUGUUCGAAAGGAAAUUGCGACAUUUAAAUCUCAUUUAAACGUGACUUGAGAGUCACGUUUGAGAGUGACUUGAUGAGAUCAAUAGUCAUACGGGCAUGUUCUAGUGAACUUAUAAUAAUUAAUUCAUGUUUUCCAUCAACAUGUUUACGCGAUCUGUGAACAAAAAUCUUACUCUGUGAACAAUAAACUGAGUUUGUUUAUGAGUCAAGUAAAUUCGAAAAUGACUUCAUGAAAGAACACCUCUAAAAUAUGAAACGUACGAAAUACAAAUAAUAAAAAGGAACUCAUAACUGUGUAUUCAUCUUGUUGUUACAAUACGAUCUUGUUUAGUUACUCAUGCUUUCGAAGAAUCCUUGAUACACGACGACGCUGUGCGUAGAUUUGUGUUAAAUGGCGAUGCGAAUAAGACUAAAGCAUGAUAAUGUCCUUAAAGGUUAAGAGACGCAGAAGAGACAGAAUAAGAAUAUUAUUUGCGACUAUUAUUUUUCUAUGGCUCAUACGGAGUCCAACUCAUACAAAUAUUAUAUACAUACACACAUACACCUACACAAGAAGAUACACACGUAACUCGAGAUUUACAUAACUAUUAAGCAAACCUCCAUAGGCUAUUAAAGGAAACACAGAGUAAAGUAAGGAGAAUCAUAGAACUAUAUAAAGCAGUGUAAGCGAAUAAAGAAAGAAAUAUGGUGGUGAGGAAAUUAAUUUUUAAGUUUCAUGCAUAGAGCAUGCGAAGAAUAAAUAAUGUACGCAAUUUUCCGAGAAUGAAUUUUUGUUUUGUACAGCCAAUAUUGUGAUCCCCGAUGCUAAAUAAUACUGAGAUGAUGAAAUAAUGCAUCGUGUCAUUUCCAGUCU